CCUUACUUAAAUGUGGGAGAGUGAGAGACGAGGAAAGGAUUGUAGAAGAAAUUGUGCCAAGUUUGCUAGUUUGUAAGAUAUUAUCUGAUGUCCAAAAACAAUACUUUGGCUCAUUUUGAGCCUGUGAACUUGUAUGAGUUUGAAGCUUUGGCAAAGUUAAAGUUGCCAAAAAUGGUUUAUGAUUACUAUUGCUCUGGUGCAGACGAUCAGUACACACUUCAAGAUAAUAUAGAAGCCUUUCGAAGGCUUCGAUUGAUUCCAAGAGUUUUGGUGGAUAUUUCUGCACAAGAUAUUUCGACCACUAUAUUGGGUGUUCCUUCCAGUUUCCCACUUAUCAUUGCACCAACUGCUAUGCAAAGAAUGGCACACCACGAUGGUGAAUGUGCAACUGCAAGAGCAGCAGCUAAGAAUGGAGUCAUUAUGACCUUAUCUUCUUGGUCAACAACGAAUAUUGAAGACGUAGCUAAAGCUGCACCUAAUGCACCUCGUUGGUUUCAACUAUACGUAUAUAAAGAUAGGGAUGUGACUGCCAAGCUCGUUCGUCGAGCAGAGAAAGCAGGUUAUUUAGCUAUUGCUCUUACUGUAGACACUCCUCGUCUAGGAAGAAGAGAAGCCGAUAUUCACAACAAGUUUUCUUUACCUUCUCAUCUAACUAUGGCCAACUUUGCGGAAGAUGAUGGUAGAGAGAAGAGUCAUAUGGAAAAGAGUUCAGGUUCUGGUCUUGCGGCUUAUGUAGCUUCCUUGAUUGAUCGUUCCCUUUCUUGGAAAGAUAUUGCUUGGUUGAAGAGUAUUACUCGUUUACCUAUCAUUGUGAAAGGAGUCGUUACAAGAGCGGAUGCAGAAAUUGCAGUUCGUAAUGGAGUAGCUGGAAUCAUUGUUAGUAAUCAUGGAGCGAGGCAAUUGGAUACUUCUUUGGCUACUAUUGAUUGUUUAGAAGAAGUUGUCACUGGAGCACAAGGCAGAGUACCAGUAUUUGUAGAUUCUGGAGUUCGUCGAGGCACAGAUAUUGUGAAAAGCCUGGCACUUGGAGCUCAAGCAGUGCAAAUUGGUCGUGGUGUUCUAUGGGGUUUGGCAGUUGGUGGAGAAGAAGGUGUGGAUCGAGUCUUAAAGUUGCUUCGAGAUGAGUUUGAGUUGGCACUUGGAUUGUGUGGUUGUAGAACGGUAAAAGAUAUUCGUAGAGAUAUGGUAGUUCGAUUGAACGAAUUGCCUUUACAAAAGAAACAUUCUUUUGGUUUGGCUCAAUCCAAUGGCCAACUUCAUGGAAUGAAUAACUUUAGUAAUCAUUCUCGUCUAUAAUAAAUCAUUGGCUUUUGGUGGUCCUUGAA